UGGAGUUUGGGUAUUUAUUAUGACAUCUUUCAUUGAAAUAUGGAAGAAGACGAAGUGAUACUACUGAACCAUGAUUCUUCCAGUGAUAAUGAAAUAUACAGAUCCUUUCAAAUACCAGUUUCACAACAAGAAUGGAAGAAUUCUUCUAAAAUAAUUGAAGAUCCCAUUCCUAGUUCCAAACAUAUCAAGCUUUCAUGGAAAUGUAUAAAUGCUUUAGGGAACUAUUCGUCAAAUGCGAGGAAUCAAACACCUCGACAUUCCUUAACAAGUAUGUUACAAGAAGAUAUAUUUCCGAUCAACGAAGAGAAACAUAUAUUGAAAAAUGUUAAUGGUGUGGCUCACCCAGCUCAGCUCAUGGUCAUAUUAGGACCCAGCGGAAGUGGUAAAACAACUUUGAUGAAUGGCAUCACCUUUAGAAACCUCCGAAGUUUAAAGUUUUCUGGCUGCGUUUGCCUCAAUGAUAAGCGAGUGCAUCGUAAUGAACUUGCUUUGAAAUCUGCAUAUGUGCAACAAGAAGAUCUGUUCAUCGGUUGCCUUACUGUGAGAGAACAUCUCAUAUUUCAGGCUCUCGUAAGAAUUGAAUCACGAUUCUCAUAUAAACGAAGAAUGGAACGUGUAGAAAAAGUAUUAGCUGAGUUAUCUCUCACUACAUGUCAAAAUUCCCAAAUCGGUAUUUCCGGUGAGACCAAAAGCAUUUCAGGAGGAGAAAGAAAACGUCUUGCUCUCGCUUCCGAAUUACUAACAGAUCCUCCUCUACUAUUCUGCGAUGAGCCUACAACAGGUCUUGAUUCUUUCAUGGCCUUAAGUGUGCUUCAUAAGCUCAAACGCCUUGCACAUACUGGAAGGACUGUAAUAGCUAGUUUGCACCAACCUUCUUCAGAAAUGUUCACCAUGUUUGACAAGAUCUAUUUGAUGACUGAAGGAAGAGUCGCUUUCUCGGGAACUCCAGAGGAAGCAAAACUGUUUUUCACAAAAUUAAAAUUGCCAUGUCCUCCGAAAUUCAAUCCUGUUGACCAUUAUGUUCAAAUGGUAUCCAUCAUCCCAGGGAAAGAAAGAUUAUGUGAAACUUCGGUCAAUAGAAUUUGUGAUGCUUUCGAAAAUUCCUCCCUGGCAUUGGAAAUGAAACAGCAUCUUACUUGUAAGAAAUCUAUCGCCAAUGAAUUCCCUUGGAAUGAGUUGAGAAAACAGGCGAUACCUUACAGAGUAUCUUGCAGUGAGCAAUUUACUGCUUUAUAUUGGAGAUCUUUCUUGUCUUUAACGAGAAAUCCUCAAGUUAUGCGAGGGAGGGUUUUUCAAUUGUUUUUUUUUAGUGGACUAAUCAGUGUAUUGUUUUGGCAACAAAGUCUCAAUCCAGUAGGCGUUCAGAAUAUCAACGGUGCGUUAUUUCUGAUCCUGGCGAAUUCUAUUUGUGUCAACUUCCUUGGAGUAAUCUUUACCUUUUUCGAUGAGAUUCCUCUCUUCGUGAGAGAACACAAGAAUGGUUUCUACCGUACAGAUGUCUAUUACUUUUCAAAAUUGGCAACUGACCUACCGUUAUAUUCGUUCAUCAACACAAUUGGCAUGACCAUAUGUUGUUUUUCGAUAGGAAUUUUUCCUGAUGGAUCAAGGUGGAUUGUAGCUGUAUUAUUGAUUUUACUGACAUCAUUAAUUGCAAUGGGCAUAGGAUAUGCAGUAUCAAUUAUUGCUGCUAGCAUGAACGAAGCCUUCAGCAUCACAGCUUUGGUAAUGGUACCCUUCAUGCUGUUUAGCGGAAUAUUCGUGAAUAUAAAGUCAAUCCCUUCAUGUUUGAAAUGGUUGUCUUAUAUAUCUUGGUACAGAUAUGGAUACGAAGGUUUACUCAUUGAUCAGUGGGAAGGAGUGGGGAGAAUUUCGUGUAUGAAUUCAUCUAUUCCUUGCCCAGACGAUGGAUUGAUGAUACUUGCCGAGCAGGGCUAUAGUCCGGAGGAUUUGGGCGAAUGCAUCAUGCUCUUAGUCCUUAUAGCUGCUAUUACGGUCAUUAUUCCUCUACUUAUGUUAUUCUAUCGAGGAUCACACGACGAAUAA